AGUAAAAAUAUAAAAGAUUCAUAAUUUUCAUUCGUUACUCUUAUCGAGUGACUCUUAUUGCUGUGACUCUUUCCAAAUAAGCUCCACAGCAGGUGUACAUGUGUUUCUCUCGGUUUAUGUGUGCUCUGUCGAGCUUCCGCUCACUGGAGAACUGGGGGAGAAGUAGAGAACUGGCAGUGAGAGCUGGAGAACCGAGUCCCCUCAAACGAUCCAUUUAGUGAGUCGCGGACAUCGAAACGGAGCAGACGUCGCUGUUUUUUUUUUUUUUUGGGGGAAACAAUCGAGAUAUCGUCAGCGUCAGAGUUGGAGAUGUUUUUGAUUCACAUGUUUGUCAAAAUUCUAAGUGACUUUUUUUCGGGUGUUGGUUUAAUUAAAAUUUUAACGAUCGAUAUUGCCGCGCAUUGUAAGAAUUGCUGGGGGCUGACUUGAGUUCUGAGAUCCAAAAGUCAUUGUCGGGUAUGUGUGUUUAAUCCUCGCAACAUUUGCAGACCGGACACAUCGAAACAAAAACACAUAAAUCUCUACCCAACUGACAUUGUCGGAAAAUUGCUGUGAAUCGCCAGGCAGCCCCGAUAUUGAACUUGAUUUUCCAUUUAUUUCACUUUGAUAUGCUGCGAUUUAAAUCGCUUCGUUUGCUCGUUUGCUAAUGUUGAUCGAUCCAUUUUCGAGCUGCGAUUUGCACCAGGGUGCUAAAAUCGCCACAAAGCAAUGGGAUUAAGUGCGGGGCCAAAUUGGCUUUUAGCGCGAUCUUUAAUAAUCUGGGCCAAGCAAAUAUGUGGAUAACACACUCAGAUUGAACUUAAAGCAUACUUUGCGGCGUCUCUAAGGAUUAGUUACGAUUUAUAAUUAAAUACAAAAAACUUAAAUUUAAACUUCUUCAUGACUCACUUAUAAAUAGUAUUUCGGUUUAAUCAUUUCGAUUAUCACAAAGAACAUGAGUGUUUAACCUAAGAUAAUUAUUUACCAGUGAGGUUCUACUGUCUGAUAGACACCUGAUCUCCUUAGAGAACUUCCUCUGUGGACAGCUGAAAGCAAAUCGCGAAUUUCGAGUGAAAUCAAAUGAGUAAGCGACAAUCGGUUGGCCAACUUUAAUUGCAGCUAGAAAAGUGCCUCAGCCUCAAAGUGAACAGUUCGGUAGCGGAAACAUCGUGUUUAAGCCAAACAAAUGAUAAGAUAGACCUCGCUUCGAUCGCCGCAGAAACCGUGAAGAUAAGCGGAGUGCAGAGAAGUGAACCGGAUCGCAUCCCGAAAUCAUUAAACAGCACCUACAACCGUUCACCCCAUAUGUUCGUGGACCCGUGGCAAUGGAAAUUAGUGUGAUACGAGAGCCCAGAGAAGCAUCAAAUACCAAUAGGGAGACACGCAGCUAGAGCGGCGGAUUACAAGACCAUGCGCAGUGGGCGAAACUAUGACCAGCGGCAAAGCGAGACGCUGGAGAGCAGCUUUGAGCUGGAGGAGCCCGAGGAUUUCGAGCAGGAUUCCGAAGUGGAACAGGUCAAUUCAGCAGCAAGCAAAAGGAAACCGGCGGCGAGGGAGGAACGUGAUCGAGAGCGGCAGGAGUCGGGCGAACAGACAGACACAUUGAGUACCCAUAGCAGCAGUUCCACUCCGACAACGGCGGAUGUGGCCGAUGUUGAGACUAUCAGCUCCCUGCCCCUCUCUCCUCCCGCUUUUGGCGGUCGUGGCAGUCAGCUAGUCAAGCGCCACUCACCCUUGAAGGAUCAACAGCAGGCGGAUAGCAGCUCUAGCUCCAGCUCUAGUCAGCAGCCCGAUCUGGAUGAUGUGCCCACGGUAAGUGGGUGCGAUCAGGGGCACAACUCCCUCUCUAAUGCCGCCACAUCCUCCUCCUCCUCUUCCACGACUCCGCAGACAUCGCGAUAUGCAGCUGCAGCGGCACAUCCCAGUGCAGCCUUUGCAGAAACGGCGGUCGUAUCGACCUCAGGAUCGAGCAGGGCAUGUGGCGGAAGCGCAGGUGCCGCCCACAGGAGGACACAUUCGGCCGCCUCAUACAUCUCGAUGAGAUCACAGGGUGCCAACUCUGACGCGCCACCAGAACGACCCAAGCGUAACCGCUUCUUCGAGUGGCUGCGGGUUGUCUGCAACUUCUGCUGCUGCAAGAGUUCCGGAAUUGGGGAGCCGAGUGUUCAUCAUGCGCUGGUUGUGAUAUUUCUAGAGUUCUUCGCCUGGGGUCUGCUAACCAUGCCUAUAAUAUCGACCCUCAACCAGACGUUCCCGGAUCACACAUUCCUCAUGAACGGCCUAGUCAUGGGCAUUAAGGGGAUCUUGUCGUUCCUGUCGGCGCCCCUGAUCGGCGCCCUUUCGGAUAUCUGGGGCCGAAAGUUUUUCCUAUUAGUCACAGUAUUUUUCACCUGCCUGCCCAUACCGCUGAUGUCCAUCAAUACGUGGUGGUUCUUUGCCAUGAUCUCAAUAAGCGGCGCCUUCGCCGUCACCUUCUCGGUGGUGUUUGCCUAUGUUGCGGACGUCACCACGCCGGAAGAGCGUUCUAAGGCCUAUGGACUGGCAUCGGCCACAUUUGCCGCUAGCCUGGUCAUCUCGCCGGCUCUGGGCAAUGCCCUGAUGGAGAUGUAUGGCGACACGCUGGUCGUGGCCCUCUCCACGGCCAUUGCGCUUUUGGAUGUCUUCUUCAUCCUGGUGGCUGUGCCGGAGAGUCUAUCGGAGAAGAUGCGGCCUGCCUCGUGGGGGGCGCCAAUUAGCUGGGAACAGGCGGAUCCUUUUCUGGCUUUGCGCAAAGUGGGCACCGACAAAACCGUGCUGAUGCUGUGCCUCACUGUGCUGUUAUCCUAUCUGCCCGAGGCCGGAGAGUAUUCCUGCAUGUUUGUCUAUCUCAAGCUGAAGAUGGGCUUCAACUACGUGGAGGUCUCGGUGUUCAUAGCUAUAGUAGGCAUUCUCAGCAUUACGGUACAAGUAACCCUGGGCUCCUUCAUGCAAGUGUUCGGGGCCAAGCGCACGAUCAUUAUGGGCCUAGCCCUAGAGAUCGUGCAGCUGCUGUGGUACGGCUUUGGCAGUCAGAAGUGGAUGAUGUGGUCGGCUGGGGUUGUGGCAGCCUUGGGCUCUAUUACGUAUCCCGCCAUCAGCGCUUUCGUAUCCCUCUAUGCGGCUCCUGAGAGUCAGGGCGCUGUCCAGGGCAUGAUCACGGGCAUGAGGGGUCUGUGCAAUGGCCUAGGGCCAGCGGUGUUUGGCGUGGUCUUCUACCUGUUCAACGUGGACCUGAACGACGAUCAUGACUCGCACGCGAAGAGCAGUGGCAGCAGGGCGACGAACGUGGAGAAGAUCUCUCAGCAUGUGCCGGGUCCGCCCUUCGUGUUUGGCGCCUUGUGCGUCUUCUGUGCCAUAAUAGUGGCGGCGUUCAUUCCGGAGGGACAGACUUCCACUUUGGAAAAGAAACGUGCCUCGCUCGACGUGCAGUACGAGAUUGAGACGGGCCACAAGGCGCCCAGUUCCCUGGCGCCGCUCAUCCGUUCCGACUCGCUGGCGCAGCUGUAGUGCGCUCCAUCGCCGGCGUCCUAUCCACACAACUUGAACCCAGCUGGUGGCUAUAGAUACGUAUAAGCAGUGUUAAGGAGUUAAGGAUUUUGUAACUGUAACAAAUGCUGUAACUAGUUUGGCUUUAGUUUCCGAGUCUAUUAGGUGCAUAUAUAUCGCAGAUCAGGCCGAGAUGAUGUUAAUGUUUUCGUGGUUAGAUCUUCUUUUUUUAUCAUAGUUUCCGUUAAGUGCACCACACCACCAAUCACCUCAGCCCAAUUAUAUUUCGUAACUAAUUUAUUAUUGCUUAAGUAACGUAGUCACAUAUUGGAUUGGCCCGUGCCCGUGCUUGCCGCUUUUCCGGCUUCUGGCUUUCGUUUUCUUUUGCUUUAGCGACUGUUAGUUCUCUUCGGGUUGGGAUUACAUCACAGCAGACACAGGUGUUAGAGCUAAAAUUGUUUUGCAACAACAACAACAAAAUAACUGCCAAAUAAAAAACAAAGUAAGUGUAAUUCAAAAUCUUCGGAUAAAAAUGCGUAAAUUCAGCACAGCACAAUGCACACACACAGUUCGGGAUCCUGAAUAUCGAUCGCAUUUCAUGUUGGGCUUAACACACAUUUCUGUUUUUCCCAAAAGCCGUUUAGUUACACCAAUUAAGAAGAGGAAAAUCCAAAUAAACUGAAUACUAAGCUUUACUUUGAAAAUUGUAGUGAUUUAAAGUCUAAACUCUAAAAAACAAAAACGAAUUGAAAAUUAUAAUGAAUCGGGUCACAAACUAGGCGACUUUAACCGAAAACCUUAAGGUAUAUACACGAUAAAUAUGUAUAUACGAUAUAUAUAGAGAGAUAUAUGUAUGGGUACUGACACAAAAAUCGAAAUGUUUUUAAUUUAGCCGAAUGCGAAGUUAGCGCCUCCGAUCAUGUGCAACGCUGUAGUUUUUAUUUUGAUAAAGCAAGAUAAUGCAGAGCCUUUAAUGAAGUCAAUGCUUGAACGUACAUAUAGGGAGCACACACGUGCAUGUGUAUGUAUAGUACUAUAGAUAUGAAAGUUAUAUUUUUCGAAGUUGCUACAACCGUGUAAAGUUUCCCCACUCGCUCCUCCUCCCACAAAUAAAAUCAAAGAAAAACUCGCAGACGUAGGACGUUUACAUACACAUCCACCCGUGUGAGCAGAGGUAAGGUCAAUGGAGUAGCGCCCCCUUAAAAAAGAAAUAGGGGGACUGCGAGAGACAGUAUACUAGAAAACUGAACCCAAAUUUUGAUUGUAAAUGAUUUAACGUGUAAUUUAGUGUUUUAAACGAAACCAAAAUAAAACAAAAUUGUUUAAUGAAACGCUA